AUGGAAUGCUCCUCUCUGGACGAUUCCGUGGCAGCAGAACUGAUUAAAGGGAAGCAAAUCACCAUCAUUGGAUCGGGAAAAUCUGCAGCAGAUAUCGCAGCUGAAUGUGCAGAUGCAAAUGGUAAGACUGAAACUCUGAAACACUUUCUGUCAGAUCUUAUGUUUCACGGGCUGAGCAUCCUUGUACAAUUAUCUAAUGGACGCCUCAUUGGGCGAUACCCGGAGGAAAAGGGAAGCAUCAUCUUGAAGAAAUCAAGCUGGUUUGGGUUCAUCGAAGAAGGAAUCAUCCUGGAAGGAGAAAACUGGCCAAUAAGAACUGAUGUCGCAAUUCUUGCCACAGGGUACAAUGGUGACCAGAAGCUCGUGUGCAUGUUUGAAUCUCCGAUCUUCCAGAAACACAUAGCCCGCUCGCCAACCUCAGUGGUUCCUUUGUACAGGCAGACAAUUCAUCCUCGAAUUCCACGCCAUGCAAUAAUCGGGUAUGCCAAGACCUUGUCGAACUUGCCUUUAUUCAAGAUGCGGUGGAGGUGGCUUGCACAGUUCCUCGACCCGAAGUUUGGCUUGCCCAGUAUCAAGGAGAUGGAGAGCAGGCAGACAAUUCAUCCCCGAAUUCCACGCCUUGCGAUAAUCGGGUAUUCCAAGACCUUGUCAAACUUGCCUUUAUUCGAGAUGUGGUGA